AUGACCAUCGCCACUUUUGAUUCUAAGCAUCCGUUACAUCGUCUUCCGAGCGGUAUGCGUGUGCCCACAUCAAUGUCUCCAAGCUCUCCUCGUCCACGACGUCGUCGUGUUCGUGCGGUGGCCAUGAUCCUAGACGACGUGCUGUACGACCAUUCAAAGCUCUUGUCACACUUGGCAAUUGACCGUGGUGUGGCCCAGUUGCUCGCGGAAGGUGCGUUUCCGACCAACGCAGCAGCAUUCAAAGCUCUACAAACCUUUCGUAACGCUUACGGACUCCGUAAACGCUUUCCUCGCUUCGUUGAUAGUCUCGUAGGGGGCCCACAUGCCAAACUCUCGCCAACUCAAGCGCAACGAGUCAUUGCUGCUUAUUAUGAGAGCAAUGUGAUUGAGGCACAAGGUAUCACACCCUUUCCACGCGUACGCAGGACGUUGUUGGAGCUCCAGGACGGAGAAGUCCGGCACUUGGCACUGUUACUUAUUGGUAAACCAGAAGUGCAGCGCGAACGUCUUAAAGCUUUGGGAGUCAACGAUCUAUUUCAUCGCGUGGUUUAUGUGAGCCCCAAUCCAAGCUUAGCACAGCUCACGAGUGCUAUGAAGCAGCUCACGAAACAAUUGGAUAUCCCUGCGUCCGGUGUCAUGUUUGUGGGCCGCAAGACUUUCUACGAGAUCAAGGCUGCUAAUACUAUUGGGAUGCUCACUGUUCGCAUGCUGUUCGGCAAGUACACGAGCGUAAUGCCAACGGAGGAAUUGGAACAGCCGGAUUUCCAAAUUGAAUCCAUUGAACAGCUAGUGUCAAUUGUAAAACUGGCAGAUCAGCAAUUGCUGCAGCCCAAGAUCGUGGCAAUUGGUGGUGGUACAGGCUUAGCGGUAUUGCUGAAGGAACUGCGCCACUAUCCGGCUGAUCUCACUGCCGUCGUCACAGUUUUCGACUCAGGUCGUCAUUCAGGUGCUCUUCGCAAGUAUCUUGGCAUUUUGCCACCAGGAGACAUUCGCAACUGCUUGGUGGCGUUGACCGACUCCGAUGAACUCUUGAGCAAGCUGAUGAACUACCGUUUUCGUGAAAAUUUCAUGGAAGGUUGCAGCUUGGGUAACCUGCUGCUGGCAGCACUAACUGAUCUGCAGGGCGGUUUUGACCGCGCUGUCUCGUCAAUCGCUGAAAUUCUCAACAUCCAUGGCGCCGUGUUACCGGCUACACUUGAAAGCACGGAGCUGUGCGCCGAGCUUACUGACGGAUCGACAGUAAUAUCGGAAGUCAAUGUACGCAGCCCCUUUGUACCUGAUGAUGACAUUGAAUUUCAGUCAAGUUCCGAUUCCUCAACUAGCAGUGCAAAUAGAACUCCACCAUCUAUGCCUCUGACGCCUGACCAUUAUAAGAAGAAGAUCAAAAAGGCGCCGAUCAAACGUGUGUACCUUGAGAACCCAAACGUGGAAGCCUUCCAACCUGCUGUGCGCGCUAUCGAAGAGGCAGACAUUAUCAUCUUGAGUCCUGGUGGUUUCUACACAUCGAUAGUUGCCACACUAUUGGUACCAGGUAAUGGCCAGACCGACGGCUACACUUUAGAGAAAACACUGGAGGUGCUUUCCACUUAUAUCGGCGCGAGCGCAAUUGACUAUGUGAUUGCGAAUAAUACUUUUCCACCACAAGAUGUACUUGCGCCUUACGUCGAGCGAGGAGAAGAAUUGCUGCUGCCUACGCCCGAAAUAGUGGCUAGGAAGCACCCAAUACUGCUACAGGGCCAAACUUUUCAAGAAGACCUGGUUGCUGGAUAUGUGGCUCGUGAAUGGAAUAAAACGCCCAUGCUCAAACAUAGCGGCCAUCGUGUAGCUGCCAUUCUCUAUACCAUCAUUGACAAGGAAAUGGCACGUCACCGUCAACAUGAGCAGCUAGAGAAUAUCGUUUUCAGCACAGCUUCGGCGAAUACGUCGAGCCCGAUGAGUUCACGGGUGCCAUCUUUCACAGCACCCGUGACGCUCUUUGGUUUACUGGUAGCUACAACACUUGUGGCAUCCAUGCUUCGUCGCGAGUAA